UUGUCAUAGCGGUAACAAUACACAAAUUGUAUGCUGUCAUACCACUUCUUGCUAUUGAAAAUAGUCUGGCAACGAAAGCUAAAUCACAUAGGUAUGACUGAAAUAAAACAUAUUUAUGGUAAUUUUUUAUUUAUAUGUUUGUAGCGGCAUUUUAAACAGACACUUGUUGCUUCCGCUGUGAAAUAUGGGUCACCUACGCAUAGGCAUUGACACGGUGAGGCGCACAGAGAGGGAAACAAACGAGAAAAAGUGCUGUUGCGAUGAGACGUAACGAAAUUCAUUUGUUUGUAUGUGUAUGAUUUAUUAAUAAAUUAAAGUUCGAACAGCGUUAAGUGAUCUUCUCCAUAUAUAUUUCGAGGUUUCAGUGUUGUUGUUAGUUAAUUUUCUGUUCCACGCUCAAUAAAACAACAAAUGACACUUACAAUUAACAGCUCCGUUUCGUUGUCAUUGGGCGCCAACAAAUGUCAAUUUAAUUAGAUAACUUAAAAACACAAAGUGUAACAUAACGCCUGUAAUUGUCACUAGCAGAGCGCACACUGUGUCGUCAGACGCAUGCCAGCAGAGUAAACUGCCUCAGCAACAUGCCGCUAGCAACAUUUGAUACUCCGUGGGCAAUCAAGCAAACGCAAACGUAUACAUAUGAAGGUGCAUAUUGAAUGUCAUGUAUCUAUCAUUAAUUCCAAUACUCAUUCGGCUAAAUUUCAAAAAUCACUAUCGGCUAAACAUACACCAUCAAUCACAACAACACAAUUGCCACGAACAAAAUUUCAACCGCAAGAACAGCCAACAAUGUCACAAUCAUCAGCCUCAUUGGAAUCACCAAAUUCAUUGCAUAGGAAUCGCUUUAAUUCGGCCUUACAGGACAUUAUUGAAAAAGUGCGAAAUUUCGAUUAUAAUCGCGUAAAAAAUUUAAAGGAACACUUUCAUAUCGAAUUCGUAACAAAGGAAAAAUUUACGGGCGGCCAAUUGAAAACAAAAAAUGGACAAAAAUACGUAUUCAACGGUCCUCCCUCCGGCAUCUACGUGACAAGAACAUGCGUCUUCUUCACCGCAGUACUAGCGCUUGUGGCGCUCAUCUUCACGAUACUCAUUACAUAUUUCCUGACAGCAAAUUCAGUGGCGACGCCAAGCUGCCUAAAUGGCAACACGAACAAAAAUACAUCCCCUCUGGCUUUGUCAUCCAAUGGGUAUAGGCAACAAUACAAUGCCUCGCCAGUUGCGACGGCUAACAUGCUUGGCAUGCCGCCAUUCACUUCCAGUCCCAUAUCGAAAUAUGGCACCGCUGCACCAAUAGCGCCAGUCGGUGACAUCAGCAUACCGCCAGAGCACGACAUUCUUGGAGCGGAUAAAAGCAAAGCGGCCGACCGGAAGUUACAGAUGCACGAUGGUUGGAGACCGUUGCACUACAACAUCGUUAUUGAGCCCAACAUACUUACCGCCUCGAGCAACGGCAGCAUUGCUAUUGAGGUGCAACGCGAUGCCAAAAUCUCCACAUUACUUCCGAUCAUCCUUGACGUGCAUAACAUUUCCAUUUCGAAUGUGCGCGUAAUACGUUCGCCCUCCAAUGAAUCGAUAAGCGAUGAAAUCGAGUUGGAUUUUGAUGGUAAAUAUGCGGACAAUAAUUCAACUUUUGUGGUUGCCAUCAAUAAGGGCAUUGGAGGUGAGCGCGAUGUCAAGUUGAUUGUGAGCAUGGAUUUCGUGAGCCAGAUUACCGACACACUGCAAGGUGUGUACCGAACCAGCUAUACAAAUUUGGAAACCAACAAGGUGGAAUGGAUGGUCAGCACGCAAUUUUCACCAGUGGAUGCGCGUCGUGCCUUUCCCUGCUUCGAUCGCCCCGACUUGAAGGCCAACUUUACCAUUAGUAUUAUACGCGAUAACAAAUUGGGCAUGGCCUUGUCCAAUAUGCCGGUCUAUCAUAGUUUUCCACAUCGACCAGGCUACACACGCGACGAUUUUUUGACUUCACCAAAAAUGCCCAUCUACAGUUUUGCCUUUGUUGUUUCGAAUUUAGUAAAAUCUCACUACUCGGACAUGGAUGCGAACUUAAUACCACGCAUUGAAAUUUGGACACGUCCCGAAAAUGUUGAAAUGACAAAUUAUGCCUAUUCAAUGGUACGCAAGUUCUUGCCUUUCUUCGAGGAAUAUUUCGGUGUGAAGAAUCGUUUGUCGAAAAUCGAUAUGGUAUCGAUACCCGAUUUUGGUUUUAGUGCUAUGGAGAAUUGGGGGCUGAUUACAUUCAGAGACUCAGCUCUUUUGGUGCCCGAAGAUCUCGAUAGAGCUUCUUCCUCCGAGCACAUGGAGCAUGUCGCCCAGGUUGUCGCACACGAAUUGGCACAUCAGUGGUUCGGCAAUCUGGUCACACCCAAAUGGUGGGACGACCUUUGGCUAAAGGAGGGUUUUGCCUGUUAUAUGAGCUACUUGGCCUUAAAUGCAAUUCGUCCCGAAUUCCAAAUCCUCGAUACAUACACAAUUUACGAAUUUGGCGAUGCUAUGCAACAGGAUGCCGACAACAGCUCACAUUCGAUUGCCUUUGACGUGAAGUCAACAAAUGAUAUACGUCGUAUUUUUGAUCCGAUUACCUAUUCAAAGGGCAAUAUCUUGCUGCGUAUGUUGAGUUCAUUUGUGGGCGAUGAAGCCUUUCGCGCUGCGACUCAAGAUCUUUUGAAGACGUACGCUUAUGGCAAUGCCGACCGCGAUGAGCUGUGGGAAUUCAUGACACAUCAUGGCCAUGAGCAAAAGACCUUGCCUGACGAUCUGCACGUAAAGACUGUUAUGGACUCGUGGAUAACGAAACCCGGUUACCCAGUAAUCACAGUUGAACGUCGUGAUGCGGAUUUGGUGCUAACACAAGAGCGUUAUAUGCUGCCAUCGAAAAAUAUGUCCGACGAUAGUCGUUGGGUUGUGCCGAUUACCUUCGAAACGGAUGAGUUGCACAAGGGCGAUAAUAUACCCACGCAUUGGAUGUCGGAGAAUGAUCGACAAAUUGUUAUUAGUGAAGUAUUUACCUCGGAUAAUAACACCGAUAAUGUGGUGUAUGUGAAUUUGAAUCGCCAAGGCUACUAUCGCGUCAAUUAUGAUAUGCCAUCUUGGUUGGCUUUGAAGAAGAAAUUCACAACAUUGCCACGCAUAACGCGCGCCCAACUCUUGGAUGAUGCGCUACACUUGGCGCAAGCGGAAUAUUUGACCUACGACAUACCGCUCACCUUCUUAAUGGAGAUCUUCACCGCCACCGAUGAUGAGUUGCUGUGGCGUGCGGCACAACGUGGCCUUAACUACCUCAUAUUCAUGCUGCAUCGCGAGCCGGCUUAUGAGACCUUUAGGGCUUUCAUGAAGUUCAUCGUACGCCCAGCCUUCGAUCGCUAUGGCUUAAACGAGCCGGACAAUGAAUCGCACAUUCAAUUGCAGCAUCGCGCCGGUAUUGCGCGUCUUGCUUGCAAAUUCAACUAUGAUCGUUGCACAAUGGCAGCGCAUCGGAAGUAUCGCGAGUGGAUGAGUGAUGCCAAAUUGAAUCCCAUCAAACCAAAUCUGAAGUCAACCAUUUAUUGCACAGCACUCGCAGAAGGCUCCUUCCAGGAGUGGUACUUCGCCUACAAGCAAUAUAAGCGCACGACAAGCGCCUCGGAGAAGGAACAGAUACUCACCUCAUUAGGCUGCACCACCAAACCAUGGUUGCUCUCAAAAUAUCUGAAUUUGACCAUCAAUCCGACGUCGGGCAUAUUGAAGCAAGAUGGCGCACGCGCAUUCCGCGCAGUUUCCGAGAAUCCGAUUGGCUACGAGAUCGCUUUUGAUUUUCUACAAUCAAACAUCAAAGAGAUCGCAGAAUAUUUCGGUGACGGCUUCUCCACACUAUCUGAGAUGAUAAAAUCCAUCACGACUUACAUGAAUAAGGAAUAUCACAAGGAACAGCUGCAGCAAUUUGCCGAUCGUGCACGCAAACUGGGACUGACAGCAGUCGAGGAAGCCAUUGGACUGGCCAUGGAGCAGGUUAAUAAUAAUAUUUAUUGGCGUGAGCGUUCAUACUAUCAAUUGAAAGGCUUUCUGGAAGCGAUAGUCAGCGAAUUUCGUAUGAAUAUAUUUUAAUUAACCUUAGUAGUGUAAGAUGGUAGGGAACGAAAGAAGAGCGAAACGAAAAAUAGACACUCACAAAAACGCUUAGAAAUCUAUUGGAAAUGUGAGAGGAAUAGAUUGUAUUUAUGUACUUGAGAGGAGAGACGAAUGCGUAGGGUAAGCAAGUGAGAGAGAGACGCUGUGCAUGGAGAAAUGCAUAGGAGCUUUAGAUUUUGCGAAACGACAAACAAUUAACUGUUAACAAAACAAAUCGUAUUGGUGUUGAAAAUUUUUCGUGCACGCAAACGAAUGAUAAUUAUUGUACGUAUUUCAAGAACUGUUGUUUUGCAAAGAAAAGUGAUAUAUUUGUAUAAGUGAAUGAACUAUGUAUUUUUUCGCAGUUAAUUAAUUUGAAUAAUUUUUUUACGAAUGUUUGUCUAUAUAACUACUGGAGAAGUGUGUAAAUGUAAUGUGGAUUUUGUGGAUUCAGAAACGAGUAUUUCACAAAAAUAUUGUAAUUUUUAUUUUUUAUUUUCUUCUUCAUUUAUGCCUUGUAAGAUUUUAUAUUUUUAAGAUUUAAUUUUAUUUUUUCCAAAUUAUUUAUUUGCUCAUCGAAGACGUAUGUAUACUCUUAUAAACACACAUACUUACUUACACAAAGGCGCGUCAGUAUUGAAAUUUAAAUCAUAUAAAGAAAGUUAAAUCAUAUAAAAUUAGACAAAAUAUGAUUGCGUAUGCAUAAAAUAUUAUAUUUUAACAGAAACUAAUGGUUAGAUACAAAAUUAUUUAUUUAAAUUGUAAAUAUAUUUUCUUAAGCUGGCGCGCUAAAUCUCGCGCACAUAAAAAAUUCACAAAUGCUACACUUUUAUUUUUAUUUUUAUUUAACCGAAUACCCGUAAAUAUACAUAAUACUUGCAUACAUACAUACUGACAUAUUUACAUAUAUUAUUAAACCUAUGCAUAGGCAUACAUAAACAAUACAAAUACAUAUUUUUAAUUUAAUAUUUUUAAAUGUCGCAGAAUCAGGUCCCUAAUAUGUAAUAUUUUUGUAUUUGUAAUAUAUUUGUAUACAACUUAAUAAUUAAAUAAAAUAAUUAUGCCUAGUUUUGUAACCACAUUACAA